GCCCGUAAUACUCAGAGCUCAUCCGCAGCGCACUGAACGGACCUACAGCACUUGACUGAUCGUCACCGCAGGGAGCGCGCGCCCGCCCGCGAAGGCGUGGUCUGAUUGGUCCGCCGCGACGAGACUUCUGCGACAUUGCGCGCGGCGGGAUAAAAGUGCGCGCGCUGUGACGCGCGCCGCGGGGGACCGUUCGAGCUCGCGGAUGCGGGGUGGCGCGAGGAGCUCAACGGAUGGAGUCCGUUUGAUUUUAUUCGGUUUUCUUCGAUGUGCGUCAACGUGUCAAGGAGCUAACUGGGGGGUUUAUAAAUCAUGUUUCAGUCAACAAACAGGCCGGAGAAAGUAACACUGGCGAUAUCUUCUUGUCUUCGACUUAUGUAUUUUUUUCCUGUGACAUUAGCCGUUUGAACCACACGGUACUUCUUACUCGUAUUUUUAUUGUUCACAUUUUUAAUGUGCGUUGAAUGAUUUCUCCUGUUUUCAUUAUUUAUUGCGGUGGAGCAGCGGUUCUCACCUGGAGGAGACCGUUCGUCAGGACCAGUGACGUAGAAUGAACACUGGACAGUUGCGUGUGUAUCUGCUCUGGUCCUUCAUCACGCUGACCCCGGCCCUCAGUCCACCCUGUGUGUCCUUGCUGGCGGGGGUGCUAUAUGGCUCCUUCUCCUUGCGAGACAUAUUUCCCACACUGUCCCUUGGCUGCUCCUGGACAUUGGAGAACCCCGACCCCACCAAAUUCUCACUCUAUAUGCGUUUUCUCUGGUCUGCACCAUCCUGCCUGGCUGUCUCCCCGACAUUGCUAGCCUUGGACCACUACCUCUCCAAUGACACCUGCACUUCAGUGGAGCAGCGCCCCCUGGAGGCUAGAGAGUUGUGCCACCCCACCGAGCCCCAUUCUCUUCUUCAGUUUGACAAGAACUUUGUUCAGCUGUGCCUGGCUGCAGAGCCGGUGCUUGAGAUGGAGAGCGUUGUGGAGGACGUGCUGGACUCUCCAGUUGUGGAGGUGCUUAUGAUCAGCAAUGAGAACUCCAGCUUGUUCACAUGUGCGGUGCUCUGCCGCUGGCUGGAGGAGUGCGUGAGCUCACACAGAGGGAGCCCAAGCUGCAGAGUUGCUCAGACUGACUGUAUCUGCCCAGAUACAGCCCCACCCAUCCCUGUCAUUGAGGACAGUCACUCCUCCUCCUUGUCGUAUUCUUCAAACACAUUAUUUUCUCUUCCAGACAAGUGCUGCGUUACUCAGUUGGAUUCACAAAAUGGUGGGAAAACAGGUCUAGAAGAUGAACAGAAGGUGAAGAUGCAGAGAGCCAGAUCUGUGGGCUCACCAGGUCCCUUCCAGGCACAGACAGGGGGCCCUCCUGCAGAGGCUUGGUCCCUCUGGGGAGGGUGUUCAACCACCUGUGGCCCAGGUUGGCAGGUACGCACGCGUUCCUGUGUCCCAGUGACGUACAGCACAGUGUGCAGUGGGCCACUGCGGGAGUCCCGUCCUUGCUACAACAAUAUCACCUGUCCAGUGCACGGCCUGUGGGAAGAGUGGGCACCGUGGAGCCUGUGUUCAGUCACAUGCGGGAAGGGCUCUCGAAUUCGCACCCGCAGCUGUGUGGCCCCUCAGCACGGGGGCAAGGCCUGCGGGGGCCCAGAGGAGCAGUCUAAAGCGUGCAAUAUUGCAGCAUGCCCUGCCAGCGGAACCUGGGGGCCCUGGAGUGCAUGGAGUGAGUGCUCUCAAACCUGUGGCUCUGGCAGUCAGCAGCGUGUCCGAGAGUGUCAGGGAGACCCUUGUCACGACUCUCGUGAUGAGACACGCUCCUGCAGAGAGAAAGAAUGCCCAGCGGAUCACAAGGUGUGUCAGGAUGACUUCCUCAACUCAAUAUCCUGGAGGAAAACUGCAGUAGGAGAAAUGGUGUUCACUAAGUGUCCAUCAGACACAACAGGGUCUGCUAGUCGUCGCUGUCUGCUGGAUGCUCAUGGACUCGCUUCCUGGGCUCCUCCGAGCUUUGCCAGAUGUAUCUCACUGGAAUACCGAUACUUAUACCUAUUAGUCCGAGAGCAUCUGGCGAAGGGUCAGAGGACCCUGGCAGCAGAGGGCAUGUCCCAGGUGGUGAGGAGUCUCCACCAGCUCCUGUCCCGCAGGAGCUACUACAGCGGCGACCUGCUCUUCUCUGUGGAGAUCCUUCACAACGUGACAGACACCUUCAGACGCGCAGCGUAUGUCCCAGCUGCUGAAGAUACACAGAAAUUUUUCCAGGCUGUGAGCUUCAUGUUGGACACAGAAAACCAGGAGAUGUGGGAAGAUAUCUAUCAGGUGUCAAUGGCCUCAGAGCAGCUCCUGCAGAUAGUGGAGGAUUUCAUCCACUUGUUGGGUGAAGCUCAGAGAGUCUUUCACACUUCUCUUGUUGUCACUGACAACCUGAUGGUUACAAUCCAGCGAGAGCCUGUUUCUGCAGUCUCCAGUGACAUCCGCUUCCCCAUGAAGGGCCGCAGAGGAAUGAAGGGAUGGGCUCGUACCUCACAGGACAAGCUCUUCAUUCCCAAAGAGUUGUUCACCUUGGCCUCAGCAGAAUCUGAAGACUCCUCCUCAUUUGUUAUCGGGGUGGUCCUGUACCGCACACUCGGGUUCAUCUUGCCUGCUCCUGAAAGCCCCCUGAUGAUCAAUUCCAAGGUCCUGACCGUGACAGUACGACCUCCACCCAAACCCAUGGCACGCUUGGUGACACUGGACCUUUAUCCUCUGCUUAAUGGGACUCUGGAGCCUUCCUGUGCUGUGUGGGAUUAUGGGAACAGGGAGGCUGGACCUGAGAACUGGGACACUGAGAGCUGCCAGACACUCCCAUCCACCACAGUCCAGACUAAAUGCCUGUGCAGCAAACUGUCAACCUUCGCAGUGUUAACACAGCAGCCGAACAACAAGGAGAUGAAACCCUCCACGUUUCCUCCUGUCCCUGUCCUUGUGGGCACUGUGGUGUCGUGUGCUGCGCUCCUCAUCCUCAAAAUCAUCUACUUCAUCUUCUGGAGUUACAUCCGUUCUGAGCGCUCCAUCAUCCUGGUGAACUUCUGUCUCUCCAUCCUGCUCUCCAACGCAUUGAUUCUAGUGGGACAGUCACACUCUCUUAGCAAGGGGCUGUGCAUAAUCACAGCUGCCCUACUCCACUUCUUCUCCCUGUCCUCCUUCUGCUGGGUACUCACCGAGGCAUGGCACUCAUACCUGGAUGUAGUGGGCAAGAUGAAGACACAAGUCCUUCGCAAGCGGUUCCUGUGUCUGGGCUGGGGUCUUCCAGCUCUCGUUGUAGCUGUGUCUCUUGGGUUCACCAGGACUAGGGGUUACGGCACAUCAGCAUACUGCUGGCUUUCUCUCCAAGGUGGACUACUGUAUGCAUUUGUGGGUCCUGCUGCUCUCAUUGUCCUUGUAAACUUGCUGAUUGGAAUCGUAAUCUUCAACAAGCUGAUGGCCAGAGACAGCAUCUCAGAUGCACACACGAAGCAGAGGGCAGGGGUGUCGCUGUGGAGUUCCUGUGUUGUGCUUCCCAUGUUGGCACUCACGUGGAUGUCAGCUGUGCUGGCCAUCACCGAUGGGCGCUCUGCCUUAUUCCAGGUGCUCUUUGGUGUCUUUGAUGGCAUCCAAGGUGUGGUCAUCCUCAUGGUUCAUGGCGUACUACGUAGAGAGGUUCAGGAUGCAGUGAGAGGCCGUCCGACUGUGUGCAGCAACAGUGAGCAUUCUGAGGGUUCCUGCAAGAACGGCCAGACACAGGUGGACUUUGAGAAAGGUUUGGACCUCACCAGUCACACAGUCAUCUUUAAGGAGCUGGACACUUGUAACCUGGCCACCAUCACCAGAACACUGUCCCGCAUCUCACUGGAUGAGCGGGAGCAGAUGAAGGCACCUGCCACUGAUGGAGGUGUUCGCAGCAACAGGUUGCCCCGAAAUGCACUGCCACCAAACCUGGUGCAGUUGCCACCAUUAGGGAGCCUCAGUGAGCUUAGAGUGCAGCGGCCUAAAGAAGCCAUGGAGCAGCACCGGCAGCAGGAGGCACCAGUAUAUGUGCCCACCGACAGCGUUCUGCACUGGGCACGGCCUCCAGAGCCACAGGUGAGUCUUGGGGACAGUAGCGAUGGGGACUACAUGAACCUGCCACCUCAGACUUUGAGGGACGAGGGACAACGGACAAUUGAGGGGGAGGAUGAGCCUCCACGGGUGCCGCCACGCCUGGGCGGCCUAGAAGCCUACCACAGUCUGCUGUCUCUGGACCACAUGAGCUUGACCCUCAGCAAGUCCUGUGGCAUCCAGAAGAACCUGCCAGACCAUCUGCAGCCCCGAAACACUAUUAGAGGCCACACCCACCGCACCCUUCCCCGCAGACUGGGCAGCUCCAGCUCCAGCCACUCGGCUGGGUCCCUGGAGAAGGUGAUGCACAACCGAAAGCAGCAGCAUGAUCUGUACCAUUGGCUUAACCACACAAAGUUCCAUUCCAUAGACAGGUACCAACAGAACCUGGCCUCAUCUGCCGUCAGGAGGGAGAAUCGGUUGAGCAUUUCAUCAGCUGGAGGUGAAAGGGACUCCUCGAGUGGAAAGUCCACCCCCGAUGACCAUCGCUCCUGGGAUGGCUUUCGGACAAUGACCCUCGACCCCUCACCCAGCCCAGAGAAGCAGGAGAACAGCUUGGAGCUGCAGAACCAGCACUGUGACACACACACUGCCCACACACCAGACACCUCUGAGGAAGACUACCAGACUGAAGUUUGAGCACUGUGAGCUCUGCUUUUCCUGCAAUGACACCAGAAGGUUGUUGGGUCUGUUUGUAACUCUUUCUGUGGAGACAGAUUUUUUUGGGGAAUCUCAUUCUCUGACACCUUUCAACUGUUUCUGCUCCCUCUUGCUCUCCUUGUGCCAAGUUGGCCCAUUUAAGCUUGUUUACCUUCUCUUAUUCCUAAUGAAUAAUGUGACUCUAACCUGUGAGACCCCGACAAAUGUAACUUCAUUAAUA